AUGACCCGACCCAAAGGCACUCCAAACAAGCACCCCCGACCUUCCAAACCCAAGCCAGUCAAGCAACCCCGACCCAUAACGCCGAAAAAACCACGCUCAUACGGCCCGAAACCCAUCCCCGGACCCAACGGCAACAAGCUGAAACAAGCGCAAUACUUCCGCUUUGCCAAAAAUGAUGUAGCCAUCUACCACUACCGCGCCUCCUUCAUCUCAGUAGCCAAGCUACGGUCCUUGCUCAACCGCCCCGAUCAUGGCUUCGUCUGCGCGCUCCGAUCCGACGACCCGUUCCGCAAGAAAGCUGUUCCGCUUGGCGAUGAAAUCCCACCGGGGUGUCUCGAAGUCGGCUACCUGGCUGAUGUCUUCCAGCUCGGCGGCUCGGCGCUCGGAUUUCGCACGGGGGAUAAUGUGAUAGAGUGGCUGUGCUUCGAUCGCGAUAUCAAAGCUGGUAUCUUGGAUAACCUCGAUAUCGACACGCCGACGGCGAAGAUGCUGUUUGAGCAUGUCGCUGAUGUUGGGAGAUCGCCGACUACGAGUAAAUGCAGUAGGAGGUUGGUUUGGACGGAGCAUAGAGAUUGGUUUGAUGCGUUGGAGAGGGCGGGCAGGAUUCCGAUGAGGGUUGGGGUGAGGUGGACGGGGUUUGGGGAGAGGUUGAGGGAGGAGCAUUUGAGGAAGUGGGUUGAGGCUGGGGGGACGCUGGAUGCGGAGGGGGAGGUUGUACGUGAUGGGAUGGUGAGCGCUGAGGGGGGACUCGUACGCGACGGGGCUCUGUCCAUUGAGGCGGAAGUCGCGCGCGGUCAGCAGGAUCAAGAAGUUGGUGGGACACUGGUCACUGAGGCGGAGGCCCUGCCCGAUGACAGAGCAGAGACCAUCACGCAGGCUCAUCAGCGCGACACCAAUAGCCCGGAGACGAUCGGUCGGCGCACGCCUGUGUUCCGCGAUGAACCGGCCAGUCAGCACUUCGCGUCGCCGCAGUCCUCCAAGUCGAACAAGUCGCGCUCGUCGGGCACUUCUGUACUCAGCGACCGGAGUACGAACAUGCGACAGAAGGAAUCUCUUCCGUUGCUGCCCGAGAAGUCGAAACAGGAGCUACUACUAGAAGGUAAGUACGUUUGA